AUGGGAAAAAUGUCCGAUUCAGUAGCCGACGAGCCAAACCCAUCGGCCAUAAAAACCUGUCCAGUACCACCGCCGUUCCCCCCUCCGCCGUCAACCAGCUAUUGCCGGCCAAAAACCGGUCCGGUGCCGGAAGCAUCAUUCGCUACCCACGUCCCUGUUUCGAGAGCAACGAGAGAUAUAUGGGAGCGCCUCUUUGACGAAGGGUACAGAUCAGACGUGCAAAUCCUCACCAGCAAUGACGUUCCCAUCUUCGCUCACGCCAACGUUCUCGGGAUGGCUUCUCCGGUGCUAAGAGGGAUGUUAAAGCAGGCGAAAACCCGCAGCGACGGCCGGAAAUCAAUCUCCGUCAAGGGCGUCCCACAUGACGCCGUUCGUGCCUUCAUCCGGUUCCUCUACUCUUCCUGUUACGAGAAGGAAGAGAUGGAGGAAUUCGUGGUGCAUCUGCUGGUUCUUUCCCACGUAUUCGUGGUGCCGGAGCUGAAGCAGAUCUGCAUCGAGAGCCUGGAGCGAGGGUUCUUGACGACGGAUAACGUGGUGGACAUCUUGCAGCUGGCUUUACUGUGCGACGCGCCGAGGCUGAGCCUGUUUUGCCAUAGAAUGAUCAUAAAAGGGUUCAGGGAGAUCUCAGGGACAGAGGGAUGGCGGGCCAUGAAGCAGAGCCAUCCGGUCCUGGAGAAAGAGCUUCUGGAAUCCAUGGUCGAAGAAGACAAUAGGGAGAAGGAAAGGGUGAGGAGGGGGAAAGAGAGGAAGAUAUAUCUGCAACUGUACGAGGCGAUGGAGGCUUUGGUGCACAUAUGCAGGGAUGGGUGCAGGACGAUCGGGCCGCACGACAGGGAUUUGGAGAAGAACCAGCAGCCGUGCAGCUACGGGGCGUGCAGAGGGCUGGAGCAGCUGGUUCGACAUUUCGCGGGGUGCAAGCUGAGGGUUCCAGGCGGGUGCAGCCAUUGCAAAAGGAUGUGGCAGUUGCUUGAGCUCCACUCCCGCCUCUGCGCCGAUUCCUCGCUCUGCCGGGUUCCUUUGUGCAGGAAUUUCAAGGAGAGGAUGAGGAAGCAAAGCAAGAAGGACGAGACUAGGUGGAGAAUACUAGUGAAGAACAUACUUAGAGCCAAGGCAAUUGGAGGAUCCCCUUUCUUUUUGUCACUCCUGGUUUCCUCCUCCUCCUCCUCCUCCUCCAAAUUCUGA